AAUUAUGUCACCUUUUGACGAAAUGAUAGCGUAUAUAUACUCGACAGUGACUUUUACAUGCAAACUUAAAGUAUCAGGAUUAAAGCGAUCAGAACUGAACGAUGCGUUCAUACGACACAAAGACAUAAUUUUGUUUUACGGAUCAUUUCGGCUUAGAGGACUGGUGUCUACAAUACAUUAACACAUCAUUAAACUCGCACCAACACACAAUGAUUGAGAUGCUAGGCACUCACACCGGGGUCAGCACUGACCACAGUGCUUGUCGCCAUGGUGACAGGGAGUGCUAGGAUACUGGCUGAUCAAUCGAAUGAAGUACAACUAUCCCCCGACACCUGGGCUAGCCAUACCAGUUAAUUGGACAUACAUAUAAAAUCAGUAUGAGCGACUUUUGCAAACAGUGCCUAGAGUGGACCCAGACGUAUGGACCUGUGCUUACGCUUCAUUUGGGCCCAAUGAAGCUUGUUGUCGUGAACAAGAUCGAUGUCGCGCUAGAGGUUCUUGUGAAGAAAUCGACAGACUUUGCCAACCGUAUAGUUACCCCAUCAGUCAGAGUAUUCACAGAAGGAGGCAAGGACAUCGCGUUCAGUAACUAUACGCCCACCUGGAAAUUGCACAGGAAAAUGUCGUCGAAAGCUCUCAGACAACUGAUGCAGGGCCCCGCACUCGAACAGAGGAUUCACAAUGCAAUGGUUACCGUUUUCGCUGAGAUGGACAAAAUAGUAGGCAAGCCGUUCGAACCAGCCGAGUACAUCACUUUCGCCGUAGGCAACAUACUGAUGGGAUUAUGUUUUGGGGGCAGCAUCGAAUUUGGAGACAAUGAAGUUAAUUUUAUAAUAAAAGCAGAAGACGAACUACUUGAGAAGAUUAGCUUUGUCCCUGAAGACAUUUUCCCGCCGUUAGAAUACUUGUUCAAGUCAAAAGCAUUCAAACUCUUUGAGGAUUUUACACAGACGAUUUUAGCGUUAAUUAAAAAACGCUAUAGUGCGGAGCUGGCUACAUACAAGCCCGGUGUACAACGCCACCUAGCGGACCAUCUGAUUCUCGCUCGCCAGGAGGCGGAGAAGGAGGAGGAUCCGGAAGUGCUGGCGUCCCUAACCGAGACUCAUAUCACACAGACGCUUGCUGAUAUUUUCUUCGCUGGUAUCGACACCUCCCGUUUGACUCUACGUUUUGCAAUUCUUCACAUGAUCGCAAAUCCGAAAAUACAGCAGAAAGUGCAACAGGAAAUUGACCGGGUCGUGGGGCAAGACAGGCUGCCGUGUCUGAGUGAUAGGCCGGAUCUGGCUUAUACAGAAGCUGUUCUGCACGAGAGCAUGCGUCUGUCAACCGUAGCUCCUACAGGAGUCUUCCACAAUACCCUUUGUGAUACGUCAAUAGGCGAUUAUAAGCUGCCCAAGGGUACCCCUGUAGCGAUAAACCACUGGGCGCUGCAUCACGACCCAGAGGCAUGGGACGACGUCGACGCUUUCAUCCCGAAGAGGUUUCUAGACGAAGACGGCAAACUGGGACCGAAACCCAAGAGCUGGCUCCCGUUCUCGGCGGGGAAGCGUGUCUGUCUAGGUGAGUUCGUGGCAAAACCGGAACUGCACCUUCUGUUUGCGUGCCUCAUGCAGCGCUACACGUGGGACAUGGAAGAGGGCAAGACCCCAGACAUCGCACCCAUAGCGUCGAUGUUUGCUAUGUAUCCGAAAGCGCAAGAUGUCGUCAUUAAGAGACGAUUUUGAAGGGGCCGCGCUGGCUGAAACUGGAAAUACGAGAAUUCCAUUGAGAACUGUUGUAAUAAUCUCUUCACUCGUAUUUACCGAUUCAUUGAACGAGUGGUCACUAAAAUAUUUAAUACUUACUAGAUGAAGUUCAUUUAUGGUUGAUACUAAAUACAACGUUGCUUUCGGCAUUGAACGCUCAACUAUCUUCGUUGAUCAGACAAAAUGGCUAGAGGUCAGUUCAAUACAUGUUAAGGGCAGGUGUAAUGGAAGUAAAUGCCUGUGUACUAAACUUGUAAGCAAUUCUUUAAAUUAAUUUUGUGGCUGUGUCUUAAUGCGAACAUAAUGCUUCUUGCCGACCCUUGAUUGUUUCCCAAGGCAUCCACAGCUAUUGCAUGUAUGUCAAAUUAUUUUCAAAUUUUAAUGAGCUUUUUGUUCUUCGGUCGGUGAUAUGUGUAUAGGAAAGACGUUUGUGAAAUACAUGUGCGCGAUUUUAAAUAAUUAUAGAUAUUUGGGCAGUGGACCUGCACUAUUAUAAACAUAUACGCAAUGUUUUUGUUAUAUAUUCGAUGUUUCUGGAUUAUCAGCUGAUUGUUAAAUGUUGGUGACUUCAUAUAUUGGUAGUCAGCUACUAUUCCAAGUAUCCAAUACACACCAGAUUAGAUGGUUAUUGCUAUAAUGAUUGGUUACAAUUAUUAAUAUUUUCUAACACGUGACAUUGCUUUAUUUACAAAUUGUAUGCAUUAAAGAUGAUGUAUCUAUGUAUAAGUCUGAAUUAACUGUGUGUUCUGUUCUGUUUUUGUUAUCACUGUAUUUCGGAUAAUAUAAGAUUGUGUGUAUCAAUAUAGACCGUACGUCUUGCUAUAAAUGAUACGGCAUAUGAAACACGACCGUUUUUAUUUAUACAGAUACACAUUUUUAUUAUUUAAAAUGUCGUUGUUAUAAUAUAUUUAAAAUAACAAGUCGGCACUAUACAAAAAGUAUAAUAUAAAACGUCCAAAAGAUAAAGUAUACUCAUUAUUGUAUUGUCUUGAUUGUAAGAAUUUCUCCUUCACAUGUCACUUAUACUGGAUGUAUUCCUUGGGAAAGUACGGAUGCAUUUCUUGCAGCAGAAUAAAUGCUUAAUAGGGAGUAAAAUGCAAAUAUUUCGGUUAUCUGUCACACUUAGUAAUAUCCUAUUCUUAAGGUCUCCAGAUAAUAGACUACAGGUAAAAUUUUCCUAGGUGGGAGUUAUGUAAUAACCUAUAUACCUUAUGGACAUAGCAAACGUUGUUAGUUGCAUGAAAACCAUAUCAUAUUUGUUAUUUUUGUGUUGUGAUUUUUUUAGUAUUUUAGUCUUGAGGUCAAUGUUUCUACUUCAUUAAAUUGUUAAUUCUUAAAUUUUUUACUUGUAUAUAUUGUUGUAUUGUUAUCAUGAAAUGAUAAGUUAUAUUAAAAUCUUAAACUUGUUUCAUUUUAUAUGUAUAUUACAUAUAUAUCUGUAUUAUCUAUGUUGCAGAUAUAUCAUAUCAUUCUUGUACAAAUUAAUCUUUUAGUCUUUGUGUUACAAUGUAUUCAGCAUCGUGUGUGAAUGGAUGUGUAUUUAGUAUAUUGCCAAAGCCAAGUUGUCUUAAGUUGAUGUCAAAGCUUGGCACCAUAUAAUAUUUUUCUUACAACUUAAAUUGGUUUAAGUAUUCGUCUGUUUCAUUAACGCUUGGUAUAAUAAUGCAUUUUUGUUAUUGACAAUUUUCAUGUAAUAACUAAUUAUUAUCAAAGUUGUCAUAAAUGUCAAAAAUCUCAGAACCCAAAAGUAAGAUUGGCGUUAUCACUCUACCGAAUAGAACUAGUUUGGUUUUGACAGCAACUUUGACAAGGCUUAAAAUAGAUGCACUGUGAUGAAAUGCUCAAAACGCUUGUUUAUUUAAUAUUUUUACAGUAUGAGACAUAUUUCCAGAAUAAUGGAAAGUUAAACACAAACCAAUUGCAAAUGUUAUUACACUCGUUAUUUAUUGAACGCGAAUAGUUGAACACGCUUUAACGUUUUUCAAAUAUGCAUGAUUUCUUUUAAUUUUUAACUCGGCUGUUUUCGGAGAAAACCCGAGGUAGUGUCAUAGCCAGCUCGUCGUGUCGUCCGCCGUCCGCGUCGUGCUAAAACCUUAACAUUUUGUUAACCUUUUGAACAGUGGUUCUAAAAUGAAAAUGCUUCCACCUACAACAUUCAAACUUCAUAUGAAGCUGCACCUUGGUGAGUUCUACACGCAACGCCCAUUUUGGGUCACUAGGUCAAGGUCACUGUGACCUCUAAAAUAACAUUUAAAAAACCUCUAACAACCUUUCAUCUAUUCAAAAUUGCACCCGCAGCAGAGCGUUGAGACCCGUUCUGCGGUGCUCUUGUUACUUUUAUUUUAAAGUGAUAUUAUGGACAUCUAACAGUUUAUAGGUGUCUAUCGCAACCGUUGUUUAUUUUUGGUGUUUUCACUUCAUAUACACUUAUAUUUGUUUAUGCAGCAUCAACAUACUGAAACAAUAUCCCGGAAAGAGAAAAAUAAUGCAUUUGAAUAUCAACCGUACUUUCGUUUGACAACUGAUCAUGCAUGUACGAUGUGAUACUAAAUUUAGUUUUAGUGCAGAUUCGUUCAUACGACACAAAGACACAAUUUUGUUUUACGGAUCAUUUCGGCUUACAGGACUGGGUGGGUCACGUAAGAAUAUCGAAUAUAAAAUAUAUUUUUAUAAACAACUGGUAGCAAGAUGAGUUGCAGAUAAUUGGUCAGUAACCACAUUUUAACUCUUUUGACCAUUUUAACUCUUAAGAAACCAUUAAGAAGCGUAAAGGUUAAAUAUCGUUAAGUUUGUUCGGUAGGUUUACCGGGACAGUAGUAAAUUAAACAAUAUCAUCAGCAAAUAACAGCAUAAGAACCAAAACAAAAUGGAAAUCGUCAUUGUAAAAUAUUGAACAUGAAUACAAUGUUUAAAAAGCAUUAAUAUACAAUAUAAAAUAUAAGCGUUGACAUGGAUCUCCCUUGUUUGACGUUAAGACAGACAUGGAAGAAGUCGGAAUAUGACAUAUCCUUAGUGUUUUGUGUAUACAAGAUUUGACUGUUUCAUAAAAUAUAUAUGACUUUUCAUAAUAUGUGAAAUCGCAAUAUAGCUUACGCUUCCGCAUACGAACAUUUCGUGUAACGCUAUGUAGAAUAAAAAUACAAUCGGU